AUGGUUUCGUGGCGUGACGGGGUGUUGGCUGUGUUGAUGGUCGUGGCUCUUCUAUCGGCCACUGCCCAUUCUUCCCCUUCACAGGAGGCCAUCGAUCGAUUACGGUUUCGAUUCAACCAUAUGCCAGCGUCCUUCUACGAGGCCCCCCGACCCGAGCCCCGAAAAAUCGAGAACAUGGCCGAAUUGCAAACCCUGCUCCGCCGCUACCAGGACUGGAAGGCCAAACGCUUCAUC